AUGGGACUUGAUGAGCUCAACUACGACUCCAUUUGGCAUUCAAAGGUGGCCCAGGACAUGGAUCAAGAGGAUGUGGCCAAAGAGGAGGAGGUGGUCAAGGAAGAGGAGUACGCCGAGGAGGUGGUGGAUGAUAAGGAGGGUGAAGGGAGCAUGCUGGGAUUGUUACGACCAGUUCACCCGGAUAUGUACCUCAGAUGGCGUACAGAGAAAAAACAGAGCACGCCAUCCGCCGCCGCCUCCGGCACAUCCCUCACAGGCGAGCAUCACCCGUUCGUCGCCGACAUCCCUCGCUAUCCCAAAUGGAAGGUUGGUGUUAUCAUUGGAAAAGCUGGAGAAACUAUAAAGCAUAUCCAACUUCAGUCAGGGGCAAAGAUCCAAGUAACAAGGGACAUGGAUUUUCAACCCUGGUCACAGACAAGAUUGGUUGAUCUUUCGGGCACUCCUGACCACAUAAGCAGAGCUGAGCAGUUGAUAAGUGAUGUUCUUGCAGAGGCUCAUGCUGGCUCAUUUGGCACUAUCCCUAAUUGGAAGUACAAUGCACCUCAACCUAGUGUUGAGCAAUUCCAGAUGCAAAUUGCUAACAACAAGGUCAUUCCUUUCCAUUUCCCUCCUGGUGAUACUUCAACUGAAAGAACAUUGUAUAUUGAUGGUACUACAGAGCAAAUUGAAAUAGCAAAGCAGCUUGGUUACGAGUGAGAUCAUUAUCAAAGCGCACAAGAUAAAAAGAAAAAAGAAAAAUUAUCAGUACAGUGCUCCUCACAUCUGGCAUCUUUAGCAUUGAUUACUACAGAAUCACCGAACAAGCAUACAUAUAUAGUGAACGACGGGAAGGCAUAUUAGAGAAUUUUCACCACAUGAAGCCAUGCAAGGUCCACAACAAACAAACAAUACUUAAGAAUAGAAUGACAUUUUCUAAAUAUUUCCCGUGUUUCAAUUUAUAAGAUGUUCUAACAUCUUUCUGAUUCAGAUGUAUAUAGACGCAUUUUAGUGUGCUUCAUUCAGUUCAGUCUGUAUGUAGUCCAUAUUAACAUAUCCAAAACAUUUUGUAAUUUAGAACGAAUGUACUGUAAUUUAUUUUAUAUUCAUAACCAUACUACUUUUUUUAUACAUGUAUGUCCAUAAAAUUCUUGGUAAAUUACCACUAUGUACUACACACUCUACUGCAUGAAUCUCUAUGAUCGAUCUUCUUUUUAUGUUUUCUCCAAGACAUCGAUCUAUUUCUGAACGUGCUCGACUCGAAAUAAGUCAACCUUUUUGGAAAAGGAAAAUAUUGUAAUUAAUACCUACGUCCAUAAGAAAUUUAGAAUCCAACACAAACAAGAUGCACAUUCUAUUAAUCCAGUUAGGAGUCAUAGGAAUUUGCCAGCGUAGGAAAUUUGAGUGGAGGCGUAAACAAAACAAUCUACCCAUUGAAUGUAAUGUCAGCAUAGGAAUUAAGUUGUGUAACGAUGGGCAAGAGUAAUAAAUGACAUGGCAUAUUCAAAACUCUUUUGUUACAAUAUUUCCGUUAAACAAUCCUGAAGGCUAUCUCGUCAGCCUCCAUGGUGACUCACUCUGAUCUAAGAUUCUACAUAAUCAGACGAUAAAGGACAAAGUAAAUAGUUGAAUUGGACUAACGUCCGCCAUAUGUUGCUCCAUUUCUUCAUAUCCAAGCUGCUCCAUUUCUUCAUAUCCAAGCGCAUCUCAGGCUGUGUAGAAACAUAUCCAAGGACUCAGGGGUGAUAGUCAAUAAGGCAAUUAUCCAUGUUAACCACUGUAGAAAACUUUAUCUCACAGAGUCACAUUUGCAGGGACAACCAUAGUCUUGAACCUCCUCCAUUUAUCACAAGAUAAAUUCCUUCUCUGAAACAUAAGUAAUGGAGGCAAUAUCUCAGAAUAAUCCCAAACAUAAUCAAGAUGCAUGCGUGAUGAUUUAUAAAAUGGUUUCUAUAAACCUCCAAGUUCCUAAUUUUUUACGAUGGGAGCAGAUGCUCGACCAAGUACUCUUAUUCCCGUUCUACGCCUCGCCUUGGUCGCUGCUCGUAGAUUUUGAUUGGAGACGGUGCUACAUGCCAAAAAUGCUAAAGUUGCCUUUCAUGACUUAGAAAAGGAACACCAAAGCCAGUUGCUUACAUGAAACCCAUGCUCAUACUUGAAGAACCUUAGUUUUCAUUCUUAACCCUUCUGCUAAAAAACGACAUCAUGGUGUAAAUAUACUGGGAGAAUCAGCUGUUUAAUAUUUACAAAGUACAAAUUAAGACAAAAUAAAA